CAGCAGCCCCCGCUCUCAACAACAGAGUCCGUAAAAUCUACUUUCGUCUGUAAAGCAAGCAUUAAGCAUCGCUCAACAGUCUAAUCGGCGAAGAAGUAUCUGAAUAUGCUCAUGUUUGGCACAUUUAUGCCGACGAGGCUCAAAAAGCAGACAAUCUCAUGACUGAAGGCUGGAAUCGCAGCAUUGAUGUUCUACUCGUAUUUACUGGCCUAUUUUCUGCUGUCCUCACAACGUUCAUAAUUCAGUCCUACCAACUCAUGGUCCCCGACGCUGGCGACACGACCAAUGCUCUACUCCUGGAACUCAUCGCCUUGCAAACCAACAAUUUGACUCUUGCUUCGUCAGUAUCAAUACCCCAAACGACUCCUCGACAGAUUCAUGUCGUCAAUGGCGUGUGGUUCUCUGCCCUUGCUUGCAGUCUGUCAACAGCGCUAAUCUCAAUGCUGGCAAAACAGUGGCUUCAAUCUUACCUUCCAAAUAUGUCCGGAUCUCCUAGGCAUCGUGCACGACAGCGGCAGGAACGAUUCAUGCACCUUCAGGCAUGGCAUGUUCCAGAAAUAAUCAAUGCCUUGCCCCUCCUUCUCCAUGUCGCCCUCCUUCUUUUCUUUGCCGGCCUUUUGGUCCUCCUAUGGUCUGCUGAUCUCGCCAUCACCUUAUCCACCUGGGUUAUCGUCGCCCUAGCCUACAUCUUCUACAUCGCCUCAAUCGCAAUUCCUUUGUUUUAUCCAAACUGUCCAUAUAAACACGCAGUCACAGAUCAUCUUCGAGUUUGGUUAUUCCAGGAUAGUCGAGCAUCGCCAGUAUUGUCUAUGCGGUCAUUCAAAAACCGCUCGGAGAAAGGAGCUCUUUAUGAUGCUAGAUUUUGUAACUCCACAUCACAAGAUAUAAUAGAUGCAACAGCACUUGCUUGGCUGUUUUCUGAAUCGACUGAUCAGCAAGUCAUCUCCGUCGCGUUGCAAGCAAUUGCUGGACUUCCCCGUGACUUUUCGGCGUUGAACGUUCUGCGUGAUGCUGGUGCCCUCCAACUGAUUGAGCAGGGCUUUCAAAACUGCUUCCACAAAGAUACCACUAUUGGUCUGCAUUGGCAUCUGGUUGAUGCCGAAAAAGCAGCCCUUUUCUGUCGAGCUUGGAUCAAGCUCAUCCGUGGUACGGGUGAACAGUGGCCUUUUGCCAUCAUUGAGCCCCUUUGGCUCCUCCAAAACCUUGACCUUUCUCGUCAUCCAGAUGUUGCGGCUAUUGCAUCAUGUGCAGUUGCUCUAUCAUCUUUUGACUCACAUAUUUCGCAAUGGGAACUACUCGGUUAUCUUUCCCGGUCUGCGUCGGGAGAGAUCAUACUGUCCCAGACCACACAAUGCUGUUUGAUCGACAGCCUGAUUGAAUGUUUUGUCCGCUGGGAAAUGCCUCUAGCUGUUAUAGAAGACACCAUUAGCCGGGCAGUUCCGGUUCUCUUGCAAGUUUUGCACUUGACGGAAGAGCUCCCAAACUCUCAUCAUUGUUGA